AUGUAUAGUAUCAUGCCGAUAGUGAUCAAAACUGACCUGCCAAUUAUGUUCAGUUAUGAUUUGGGACAGUUUUGGAUGGCCAUGUACAUCUUUCAAGUCAUAGGAAUGGUUAACGCGGCAAGCAACAACUCUUCCCUAGAUAUUCUAGCCGUGAGUUUGAUAGGUAUCGGCUGCGCCCAAAUCGAUAUUCUAAAUGAAAAAUUGAAGAAAUUAUUUCAUAACUCGAUGAAGAAAGAAUUCGACGGAUAUAUUCAGGACGAUCAAAGUGUCAGAGACUGCGUGAGACACCAUAUCCAGAUUAUCAGAUGCACCAGUCAGAUAGAAAACAGUGAGUUAUUACCCAUUGAUGUUUCAUCAAAACCAAGAGAUAUUGACAAACAAAUGGACAAAAGUAAGGUAUGCUAUGAUUGGCCUACAAAGAGAGUACCUGAUCUGAUGAUUGCUGAUGGAGUUAUUUUCAAGAAGAAAGAAGGAGGACGAUUACGAUCCAUCCUCGCACCAGAGUAUCAAGAUGCAGUCUACUGCGGUUCCAGUGUAUAUAUCUCCGAGGAUAUGAAUGACUGCUACCAGUUCAAUGAUGAUCCGUAUCAAGAACAUUAUCUGCUAAGAUCAUCCGAAACGCCAUACAUUCUUCUUUAUAGCCAUGAUGAUGAAUCUGACCUACCUCCCUCCCUCUUAGACUAA